UAUUUUUUUUAUGAAAUUUUUUAAAAAUGUCGGAAGAAACAAUUAUGUCUAUGAAUGAUCAGACAAUUAAAAUUGAACCACCAGAAUAUUCACCAGACGACAUUAAACUUGAAAUGGAGGAUGAAUUUGAUGAUCCUGAUGUUACUGUUAAAUCUGAAUCUUGUUCUGAAGAUGAUGAUACGUGUUUAGAAAGAUUCAUGAAUUCCGAGGUUACAAUUGAAGAAGAAGUCAAACAGGAGUUAGUCGAGACUUCAACUUAUGAAUGUCACAUUUGCAAUAAAACUUUUACAGAAACACAUUUAAAAGAGCAUAUGAUCGAACAUAUGCCUAAUAAUAGCAAAGAAAGUUCUUUCGAAUGCGAAAUCUGUUACAAGACUUUCAAUCAAUUACGUAAUGUGAAAAAGCACAUGCUCAUUCACAGUGGUGAGCGCCCUUAUGAAUGCAAUAUAUGCAACAAGACAUUCACAAAAUCAAGUAGUCUGAAAAGUCACAUGCUGAUACACAGUGGAGUACGUCCCCAUGAAUGCAAUAUAUGCAACAAGAAAUUCACAAAAUCAAAUGAUCUGAAACGUCACAUGCUUAUACACAGUGGAGAUUUGAAGAGACACAUGGCACUUCAUAGUUAG